ACCUGCCUGCAGGGAGGAGGAGGAGGUGCAGGGGAGGAGCAGCAGAGAGCUAUGCAGCCUCAGUCUGAGGAACUCUUUACCAGUAAACUAAAGGCCCUGAACGACAACAUGGGGCCCCCAGCACAGGGGACACAGCAGGGCAACAAGCCUGAUGGGGGUGGGGGGAAGACCAACGGGACAGUGGGGACAGGGGGGACAGGGACCCCAGCUAUGCCCAAGAUGGGUAUCCGAGCCCGGGCUACAGACUGGCCUCCCGCCCCCCGGAGGGACAUCUGGGAUGGAGGAUGCCAAAACUCGACCAAAUAUGAGAGCAUCGUCGCAGCGUUCCAUAACGACCAGCAGCCUCUAAACCAAUCAGGAGAGCUGAUAGAGUCAUGUGACCAGCCCCCUCCAGACUCUGACUACAGUGAAACUGGUGAGUCGGGGGAGGAUCCCAGGUACAGUCUGGCCGACCUAUUAGGACACUCCCCUCUAAAAGGGGCGGUGCUCUAUCCCAUCCGCCAACGUUCCAACAGUGAUGUCACCAUCAGUGAUAUUGACAGCGAGGACAUUAUAAUGGACGGUACCGCGGUGAAUCCCAACACCGGUGCAGCGCUCCACCGGGAGUACGGUAGCACCUCCUCUAUUGACCGGCAGGGCCUGAGCGGGGACAGUUUCCAUACGCUGCUACGGGGUUACGGUAUCGACACCUUAGACCACACCCUCCACACCCUGACACGCCCACAUCACUCCAUGCCCCGCCCACUGCUGGGCUUACCCGAGUUUCUGCAGCGCUAUGAUACCUCCCUCUCACCCAGCCUGCAGGUAACCACUGGCUUUAUUCUCCCCUCUCCUCUCUCUGUGUGUCUCUCUCUAAGCACUGAUUAUGAGAGGAUGGAGAAGAGAGAGGGAUCUCUUGCUCGGGCUUCGAGAGAGAGAUCGCGCUGGAGAGAGAGGAGCGCUUCCUGAGAGAGGAAGAGAUAGAGAGAGAGAGAGAUGGAGAGAGAGAGAGGAGAGAGAGAGCUCUCGAAGAGAGAGAGAUCCCUCUAGUCUAUCUCUGAGUCUAUCUAUCUCUCUAUCUCUCUCUCCUCUUGGCUCUCCUCUCCUCUUGUCUCUCUCUCUCUCUCUCUCUAUCUCUCUCUCUCUCUCUCUCUCUCUUCUCUCUCUCUCUCUCUCUCUUUGUCUUUCUCUGUCUCUCUGGUCUCUCUUCUCUCUCUUUUUUCUCUCUUACUCUCUCUCUCGCUCGCUGUAUUUCUGAAUUCAAUUUCAAUUCAAUUCAAUUCAAAGGGCUUUAUUGGCAUUGGAAACAAAUGUUAACAUUGCCAAAGCAAGUGAAAUAGAUAAUAAAAAAGUAACAGUAAACAUUACACACACAAAAGUCCCAAAAUAAUAAAGACAUUUCAAAUGUAUAUAUACAGUGUUGUGAUGAUGUGCAAAUAGUUAAAGUACAAAAAGGAAAAUAAAUAAACAUAAAUACAGUGGCUUGCGAAAGUAUUCACCCCCCUUGACAUUUUUCCUAUUUUGUUGCCUUACAAUCUGGAAUUAAAAUAGAUUUUUGGGGAGUUUGUAUUAUUUGAUUUACACAACAUGCCUACCACUUUGAAGAUGCAAAAUAUGUUUUAUUGUGAAACAAACAAGAAAUAAGACCCCAAAAAAAGAACUUGAGUGUACCAAUUACAGCUGCAAUACUCUUGGGGUAUGUCUCUAUAAGCUUGGCACAUCUAGCUACUGGGAUUCUUUCCUGUUCUUCAAGGCAAAACUGCUCCAGCUCCUUCAAGUUGGAUGGGUUCCGCUGGUGUAAAGCAAUCUUUAAGUCAUACCACAGAUUCUCAUUUGGAUUGAGGUCUUUGAUUUGACUAGGCCAUUCCAAGACAUUUAAAUGUUUCCCCUUAAACCACUCGAGUGUUGCUUUAGCAGUAUGCUUAGGGUCAUUGUCCUGCUGGAAGGUGAACCUCCGUCCCAGUCUCAAAUCUCUGGAAAACUGAAACAGGUUUUCCUCAAGAAUUUCCCUGUAUUUAGCACCAUCCAUCAUUCCUUCAAAUCUGACCAGUUCCCAGUCCCUGCCGAUUAAAAAGAUCCCCAUAGCAUGAUGCUGCCAUCACCAAGCUUCACUGUGGGGAUGGUGUUCUCGGGGUGAUGAGAGGUGUGGGUUUGCGCCAGACAUAGCGUUUUCCUUGAUGGCCAAAAAGCUCAAUUUUAGUCUCAUCUGACCAGAGGACCUUCUUCCAUAUGUUUGGGGAGUCUCCCACAUGGCUUUUGGCGAACACCAAACGUGUUUUCUUUUUUUUUCUUUAAGCAAUGGCUUUUUUUCUGGCCUCUCUUCCGUAAAGCCCAGCUCUGUUGAGUGUAUGGCUUAAAGUGGUCCUAUGGACAGAUACUCCAAUCUCCGCUGUGGAGCUUUGCAGCUCCUUCAGGGUUAUCUUUGGUCUCUUUGUUGCCUCUCUGAUGAAUGCCCUCCUUGCCUGGUCCGUGAGUUUUAGUGGGCGGCCCUCUGUUGGCAGGUUUGUUGUGGUGCCAUAUUCUUUCUAUUUUUUAAUAAUGGAUUUAAUGGUGCUCCGUGGGAUGUUCAAAGUUUCUGAUAUUUUUUUAUAACCCAACCCUGAUCUGUACUUCUCCACAACUUUGUCCCUGACCUGUUUGGAGAGCUCCUUGGUCUUCAUGGUGUCGCAUGCUUGGUGGUGCCCCUUGCUUAGUGGUGUUGCAGACUCUGGGGGCCGUUCAGAACAGGUGUAUAUAUACUGAGAUCAUGUGACACUUAGAUUGCACAAAGGUGGACUUUAUUUAACUAAUUAUGUGACUUCUGAAGGUAAUUGGUUGCACCAGAUCUUAUUUAGGUGCUUCAUAGCAAAGGGGGUUAAAACAUAUGCAUGCACCACUUUUCCGUUAUUUAUUUUGUAGAUUUUUUUUAAACAAGUUAUUUUUUUCAUUUCACUUCACCAAUUUUGACUAUUUUGUGUAUGUCCAUUACAUGAAAUCUAAAUAAAAAUCCAUUAAAAUUACAGGUUGUAAUGCAACAAAAUAGGAAAAAUGUGAAGGGGGAUGAAUACUUUUGCAAGGCACUGUAUAGGUUGUAUUUACAAUGGUGUUUGUUCUUCACUGGUUGCCCUGUUCUUUUGACAACAGGUCACAAAUCUUGCUGCUGUGAAGGCACACUGUGGUAUUUCACCCAAUAGAUAUGGGAGUUUAUCAAAAAAAAUAAAAAAUCUAAUGCUUUAUGGGUCUGUGUAAUAUGAGGGAAAUAUGUGUCUCUAAUAUGGUCAUACAUUUGGCAGGAGGUUAGGAAAUGCAGCUCAGUUUCCACCUCAUCUUGUGGGCAGUGUGCACAUAGCCUGUCUUAUCUUGAGAGCCAGGUCUGCCUAAGGCGGCCUUUCUCAAUACCAAGGAUAAGUUCACUGAGUCUCUACAUAGUCAAAGCUUUCCUUAAGUUUGGGUCAGUCACAGUGGUCAGGUAUUCUGCCACUGUGUACUCUCUGUUUAGGGCCAAAUAUCAUUCUAGUUUGCUCUGUUUUUUGUUAAUUCUUUCCAAUGUGUCAAGUAAUUAUCUUUUUGUUUUCUCAUGAUUUGGUUGGGUCUAAUUGUGUUUUUGUCCUGGGGCUCUGUGGGGUCUGUUUGUGAACAGAGCCCCAGGACCAGCUUGCUCCAGGUUCAUCUCUCUGUAGGUGAUGGCUUUGUUAUGGAAGGUUUGGGAAUCGCUUCCUUUUAGGUGGUUGUAGAAUUUAAAGUCUCUUUUCUGGAUUUUGAUCAUUAGCGGGUAUCGGCCUAAUUCUGCUCUGCAUGCAUUAUUUGGUGUUUGACAUUGUACACAGAGGAUAUUUUUGCAGAAUUCUGCAUGCAGAGAAUCAAUUUGGUGUUUGUCCCAUUUUGUGAAUUCUUGGAUGGUGAGCUGACCCCAGACCUCACAACCAUAAACGGCAAUGGGUUCUAUAACUGAUUGAAGUAUUUUUAGCAAGAUUCUAAUUGGUAAGUCAAAUGUUAUGUUCCUUUUGAUGGCAUAGAAGGCCCUUCUUGCCUUGUUUCUCAGAUCGUUCACAGCUUUGUGGAAGUUACCUGUGGGGCUGAUGUUUAGGCCAAGGUAUGUAUAGUUUUUUGUUUGCUCUAGGGCAACGGUGUCUAGAUGGAAUUUGUAUUUGUGGUCCUGGCAACUGGACCUUUUUUGGAACACCAUUGUUUCUGUCUUACUGAGAUUUACUGUCAAGUCUCAGAUCUGACAGAAUCUGUGCAGAAGAUCUAGGUGCUGCUGUAGGCCCUCCUUGGUUGGUGACAGAAGCACCAGAUCAUCAGCAAACAGUAGACAUUUGACUUCAGAUUCUAGUAGGGUGAGGAAGGGUGCUGCAGACUGUUCUAGUGCCCUCGCCAUUUCAUAUAUGUUGAUGUUGAAGAGGGUGGGGCUUAAACUGCAUCCCUGUCUCACCCCACGGCCCUGUGGAAGAAAUGUGUGUGUUAUUUGCAAAAAGUUUACCGCACACUUGUUGUUUGUGCACAUGGAUUUUAUAAUGUUGUGUGUUUUUCCCCCAACACCACUUUCCAUCAAUCUGUAUAGCAGACCCUCAUGCCAAAUUGAGUCAAAAGCUUUCUAGAAAAUCAACAAAGCAUGAGAAGACUUUGCCUUUGUUUUGGUUUGUUUGUUUGUCAAUUAGGGUGUGCAGGGUGAAUACGUGGUCUGUCGUACGGUAAUUUGGUAAAAUGCCAAUUUGACAUUUGCUCAGUACAUUGUUUUUACUGAGGACAUGUAUGAAUCUGCUGUUAAUGAUAAUGCAGAGGAUUUUCCCUGUUGCUGUUGACGCGUAUCCCACGGUAGUCCCCUGUAGCUCAGUUGGUAGAGCGUGGCGCUUGCAACGCCAGGGGUUGUGGGUUCGUUUCCCACGGGGGGCCAGUAUGAAAAUGUAUGCACUCACUAACUGUAAGUCACUCUGGAUAAGAGUGUCUGCUAAAUGACUAAAAUGUAAAUGUAGUUAUUGGAGUCAAAAUUGUCUCAAUUUUUGUGGAUUGAUCAGUCCUUGGUUCCAAAUAUUGGGGAAGAUGCCAGAUCUGAGGAUGAUGUUAAAGAGUUUAAGUAUAGCUAACUGGAAUUUGUGGUCUGUAUAUUUUAUCAUUUCAUUUAGGAUACCAUCAACACCACAGGCCUUUUUGGGUUGGAGGGAUUGUAUUUUGUCCUGUAGUUCAUUCAAUGUAAUUGGAUAAUCCAGUGGGUUCUGGUAGUCUUUAAUAAUAUGUAUUUGAUCAUGUAUAUGUUUUUGUUGUUUGUUCUUUGUUAUAGGGCCAAAAAGAUUAGAGAAGUGGUUUAUCCAUACAUCUCCGUUUUGGAUAGAUAACUCUUUGUGAUGUUGUUUGUUUAGUGUGAUUCUUCAAUUACAUUGAGCUGAUUUCUGACGUGCUGUUCCUUCUUUUUCCGUAGUGUAUUUCUGUAUUGUUUUAGUGAUUCCCCAUAGUGAAAGCGUAGGCUCAGGUUUUCUGGGUCUCUAUGUUUUUGGUUGGAUAGGUUUCUCAAUUUCUUUCUUAGGUUUUUGCAUUCUUCAUCAAACCAUUUGUCAUUGUUGUUAAUUUUUUUUCGGUUUUCUGUUUGAAAUGUUUUGAUUUGAUAGGGAAGCUGAGAGGUCAAAUAUACUGUUUAGGUUUUCUACUGCCAAGUUUACACCUUCACUACUACAGUGGAACGUUUUGUCCAGGAAGUUGUCUAAAAGGGGUGAAUUUGUUUUUUUGGUAGGUUUCCACACUACUUUCCUUUGAUGCCUCCUGAUUGAGUAUUUCUCUGUUCAAGUAGACUGUGAUUUUGCUGUGAUCUGAUAGGGGUGUCAGUGGGCUGACUGCGAAUGCUCUGAGAGACUCUGGGUUGAGGUCAGUGAUAAAGUAGUCUACAGUACUACUGCCAAGAGAUGAGCUGUAGAUGUACCUACCAUAGGAGUCCCCUUGAAGCCUACCAUUGACUAUGUACAGACCCAGCGUGCGACAGAGCUGCAGGAGUUGUGACCCGUUUUUGUUGGUUAUGUUGUCGUAGUUGUGCCUAGGGGGGCAUAUGGGGGAGGGAAUGCUGUCACCUCCAGGUAGGUGUUUGUCCCCCUGUGUGCUGAGGGUGUCAGGUUCUUGUCCAGUUGUGGCAUUUAGGUCGCCACAGACUAGUACAUGUCCCUGGGUCUGGAAAUGCUUGAUCUCCCCCUCCAGGAUGGAGAAGCGGUCUUCAUUAAAGUAUGGUGAUUCUAGUGGGGGGAUAUAGGCAGCACACAGGAGGACAUUUUUCUCUGUUAAGAUAAUUUCCUUUUGAAUUUCUAGCCAAAUGUAAAAUGUUCCCGUUUUGAUUAAUUUAAUAGAGUGAGUUAGGUCUGCUCUAUACCAAAUUAGCAUACCCCCUGAGUCCCUUCCCUGUUUCACACCUGGUAGUUUGGUGGAUGGGACUACCAGCUCUCUGUAACCUAGAGGGCAACCAGUGGGUCCGUCUCCUUUAUACCAUGUUUCUUGUAGGAUGACAAUGUCUGUAUUUCUGAUUUCUUUGGUGAAGUCCAGGUUCCUGCUCUUUAGGCCAAAGGCAGAUGACCUCAGGCCUUGGAUAUUCCAGGAUGAAAUAGUGAAGGCUUUGUGUUCCGUAAAGUGUCGAAUGUUGUUAGUCGUGUGGUUUGGCCUCAGGCCAGUAAUUGUGAGCAGAGCCUGCUGAGCAUCUGGUACAUGCCAUUGUCUUGGUCUAGUGUAACAGUUGGUUCGUUGGUUCAUUUCUCUCUCUCUCUCUCUCUCUCUCUCUCUCUCUCUCUCUCUCUCUCUCUCUCUCUCUCUCUCUCUCUCUCUCUCUCUCUCUCUCUCUCAGACGGCCACCCAGAUCUCCAGAGGGGAGAUAGUGAGGAUGGCAGGAUACGACUACGUGGAUCCCUCCAUCUUCUACUCCAGAGAGAGAGAGAAGAGCUUCAUGGGACGGCUGAAGUCUGACUCUUCUGAGACCUCAAUGUUCAGAAAGCUGAGGACCAUCAAGAGUGAAGGUCUGUAGAGAUCUACGUCUCUUGUUUUUAAUACACUCAAUGUAGCACCUUACGAUUGUCUUUCAAUGAAAUGCGUGUUAUAAAUUAAAUGUAUUAUUAAUAUUGUUAUUAUUGAAAGUGACGGUUCAGGCUGUAUAUGCACCUGCCAAUUUCCACUGUAUGUAGAUUGUGUUUAAAUUCUGUUGUCUAGAGUCUGUCUCCAUUUGGUCAAAUUCAUUUGGUAAAUGUGAGGGGAUUCUGUUUCUGAUUGUGUAGGAGACGGGUUCAGGCUGUCAAUGGAGCAGGAUGACAGGAGACCUCUCAGCUUCCAGAAGUGCUUUGCCCACUACGACGUGCAGAGUGUCCUGUUCAACAUCAGUGAGGCUGUGGCCAGCAGAGCCACCCUCAGCCAGAGGAAGAACACAACCACUGGGGCCUCGGCAGCUUCACAGUACCACCCUGGAGCCGGUGGGGGUAGUGGAGCGCCAGGGUUAGGACCAGGACCAGGGGCAGUACUGGGGGCAGAGGGAGGGCUGGGAGGUGGUCUUAGCAGUGGAAGUACCGGUACCUCCAUGUUUGAGUCUCCUCUGGGCUCCCGAGAGGACCUGAACCCCAAAGAGAACCUGGACCAGGACGAGGGCGACGGAAAGAGCAAUGGACUAGUCCUGGGGUGCCCCCACUUCCGUAACGAGGUUGGAGGUGAAGGGGAGCGCAGGAUCUGUCUCUCCAGGGCGAACAGUGGCGGAGGAGGAGACAGCUGCAGCUUUCAGUCGUCCCUGUCCUCCCACUGUACCAACGCUGGGGUGUCGGUGUUGGAGGUCCCCAGAGAGAACCAGCCUAUACACAGAGAGAAGGUUAAGAGAUACAUCAUAGAACAUAUCGAUCUGGGGGCGUAUUACUACCACAAGUUCUUCUAUGGGAAAGGUAAGAAUGACGUACCUUACUUUCACACUAGUUUUAUCAGUUGCUGAGAAACUGAGCAUCUCUCUAAAGGGCAGGACCAACACUAAUUAGAGGUGUGGAACUUUUCAGACUGUAAAUAGUCAACCUUGGGUGUUUAAUGGGAAGACAAUAUGACAUCUUGUUCUCUCCUUAGCAAGGAGUCCCCAUUUCCUCUAGUUCCCAGCCAGACUCCUUUUUGCUGACUUUUCACACUAUAAAAAACAAUGAUGUUUUUCUCCUAGUGGAGUCCCAGUCCCUCUAGUUCUCAACCAGUUAUGCUCUCUGUAAACAACAGCGAGAACCAUGUGUGUUUGCGUGUGUGUGUUUGCGUGCGUGGUUGUGUGUGUUUUUUCGGGGUGUGUGUUUUCGGUGUGUGUGUGUUUUAAUGUGUGUGUGUGUUUUCAGUGUAUGUGUGUGUGUGUGUGUGUGUGUGUGUGUGUGUAUGUGUGUGUGUGUGUGUGUGUGUGUGUGUGUGUAUGUGUGUGUGUGUUUUCGGUGUGUGUUCUUGGUGUGUGUGUGUGUGUUUUAGGUGUGUGUUCUUGGUGUGUGUGUGCGUGUUUUCGGUGCGUGUGUUCUUGGUGUUUUUUUUCGGGGUGUGUGUUUUUGGUGUGUGUGUGUUUUCUUGGUAUGUGUGUGUUUUCAGUGUUUUCAGUGUGUGAUAUUCUCUCAACUCCCAGGAAGACCAGUAAUUUGUUAUGUGAGAAGUAAGGUGGUGGUGAGGGUUGAGGCGGGGGUGGGGGUGUGUAUGGGGGGGGUCCUCUUUCUCCCGAACUCAACUCAACGCCAUGCAGGUUGUGUGUGUUUCCUCUCUCUCUCUCUCUCAGUAUAUCUGAUUACCCAACCCAAGCCCUUAAUAACAGCUGCUGCACCUCUUCACCAUUAUUGAGAAGACGGACCUUAAAAUCAGUCCAGUGUGAGACAUGCAGAACACACACAAUAGGACACUCCAUUCACAUGACAUCACAUGGUGUUAGUGAACUGAUUCUGUUAGUUCUGCGUGUGUGUGUGUGUGUGUGUGUUAGUGAGCUGGUUUUGUCUGGCUAGUGUGUGUGUGUGUGUGUGUUAGUGAGCUGGUUUUGUCUGGCUAGUGUGUGUGUGUGUGUGUGUUAGUGAGCUGGUUUUGUCUGGAUAGUGUGUGUGUGUGUGUGUGUUAGUGAGCUGGUUUUGUCUGGAUAGUGUCGUGUGUGUGUGUGUGUGUUGGUUAGUGAGCUGGUUUUGUCUGGGAUUAGUGUGUUUGUGGUGUGGGUUAGUGAGCUGGUUUUGCCCUGGCUGUUUUGUGUGUGUUGUGUGUGUUAGUGACUGGUUUUUGUCUGGCUAGUGUGUGGGGGUGUGGGGUUAGUGAGCUGGUUUUGUCUGGCUAUUGUGGGGGUUGUGUGUUAGUGAGCUGGUUUUGUGGCUAGUGUGUGUUUGUGUGUGUGUUGGGUUUUGUCUGGCUGUGUGUGUUUGUGGGGGGGUUUUUGUGUGUGUUGUGUGGGGUGGGGUGUGUUGGACUGGUUUUGUCUGGCUAGUGGGUGGUGUGGUGGUGUUAUGAGCGGUUUGGGUCUGGCUAGUGUGUGUGUGUGUUUUAGUGGCUGGUUUUGUUGGGCUGGUGGGUGUGUGUGUGUGUGUUGUGAGCGGUUUUGUCUGGAUAGUGGUGUGUGGGUGUGGUUAGUGAGCGGGUUUUGUCUGGCUAGUGUGUGUGUGUGUGUUGUGUGUGUGUUAGUGAGCUGGUUUUGUCUGGCUAGUGUGUGUGUGUGUGUGUGUGUGUGUUAGUGAGCUGGUUUUGUCUGGUUAGUGUGUGUGUGUGUGUGUUAGUGAGCUGGUUUUGUCUGGCUAGUGUGGAACAGGUCAUGACUUUCAUUUACAUUUACAUUUUAGUCAUUUAGCAGACGCUCUUAUCCAGAGCGACUUACAGUUAGUGAAUAUAUAAAUAUAUUUCUUUUAUACUGGCCCCCCAUGGGAAUCGAACCCACAACCCUGGCGUUGCAAACGCCAUGCUCUAUCAACUGAGCUACAUCCCUGCCGGCCAUUCCCUCCCCUACCCUGGACGACGCUGGGCCAAUUGUGCGCCGCCCAUGAGUCUCCCGGUCACGGCCGGUUGCGACAGAGCCUGGACUUUCCUCUUCAUAUAGAGAAGAAUAGAGCUACACGUUCAACCAGUUAUACAGUGGGGAAAAAAAGUAUUUAGUCAGCCACCAAUUGUGCAAGUUCUCCCACUUAAAAAGAUGAGAGAUGCCUGUAAUUUUCAUCAUAGGUACACGUCAACUAUGACAGACAAAUUGAGAAUUUUUUUCUCCAGAAAAUCACAUUGUAGGAUUUUCAAUGAAUUUAUUUGCAAAUUAUGGUGGAAAAUAAGUAUUUGGUCACCUACAAACAAGCAAGAUUUCUGGCUCUCACAGACCUGUAACUUCUUCUUUAAGAGGCUCCUCUGUCCUCCCCUCGUUACCUGUAUUAAUGGCACCUGUUUGAACUUGUUAUCAGUAUAAAAUACACCUGUCCACAACCUCAAACAGUCACACUCCAAACUGCACUAUGGCCAAGACCAAAGAGCUGUCAAAGGACACCAGAAACAAAAUUGUAGACCUGCACCAGGCUGGGAAGACUGAAUCUGCAAUAGGUAAGCAGCUUGGUUUGAAGAAAUCAACUGUGGGAGCAAUUAUUAGGAAAUGGAAGACAUACAACACCACUGAUAAUCUCCCUCGAUCUGGGGCUCCACGCAAGAUCUCACCCGUGGGUUCAAAAUGAUCACAAGAACGGUGAGCAAAAAUCCCAGAACCACACGGGGGGACCUAGUGAAUGACCUGCAGAGAGCUGGGACCAAAGUAACAAAGCCUACCAUCAGUAACACACUACGCCGCCAGGGACUCAAAUCCUGCUGUGUCCCCCUGCUUAAGCCAGUACAUGUCCAGGCCCGUCUGAAGUUUGCUAGAGUGCAUUUGGAUGAUCCAGAAGAGGUUUGGGAGAAUGUCAUAUGGUCAGAUGAAACCAAAAUAUAACUUUUUGGUAAAAACUCAACUCGUCGUGUUUGGAGUACAAAGAAUGCUGAGUUGCAUCCAAAGAACACCAUACCUACUGUGAAGCAUGGGGGUGGAAACAUCAUGCUUUGGGGCUGUUUUUCUGCAAAGGGACCAGGACGACUGAUCCGUGUAAAGGAAAGAAUGAAUGGGGCCAUGUAUCGUAAGAUUUUGAGUGAAAACUUCCUUCCAUCAGCAAGGGCAUUGAAGAUGAAACGUGGCUGGGUCUUUCAGCAUGACAAUGAUCCCAAACACACCGCCCGGGCAACGAAGGAGUGGCUUCGUAAGAAGCAUUUCAAGGUCCUGGAGUGGCCUAGCCAGUCUCCAGAUCUCAACCCCAUAGAAAAUCUUUGGAGGGAGUUGAAAAUCCGUGUUGCCCAGCGACAGCCCCAAAACAUCACUGCUCUAGAGGAGAUCUGCAUGGAGGAAUGGGCCAAAAUACCAGCAACAGUGUGUGAAAACCUUGUGAAGACUUACAGAAAACAUUUGACCUGUGUCAUUGCCAACAAAGGGUAUAUAACAAAGUAUUGAGAAACUUUUGUUAUUGACCAAAUACUUAUUUUCCACCAUAAUUUGCAAAUAAAUUCAUUAAAAAUCCUACAAUGUGAUUUUCUGGAAUUUCUUUUCUCAUUUUGUCUGUCAUAGUUGACGUGUACCUAUGAUGAAAAUUACAGGCCUCUCUCAUCUUUUUAAGUGGGAGAACUUGCACAAUUGGUGGCUGACUAAAUACUUUUUUUCCCCACUGUAAAUACCACACCUGUUAUAAUGGUGUCUGUAAUGCUUUAUGGUUUUACAUCCAUACAUUUGAUGGUUGAAUAUAUUGUAUCUUUCUGUAUAGUAGUACACUAUAUGCCUAGCUGGCAUACUGUUAAUGGCUGAAUGAUUCAACGGUUCCACACUAGAUGUGUCUGGGUGUCUUGUAGGUGUUUUUAGAGUAUUGGUUCAGUGAAAGGAUGGACUCUGUCUUGUAGGUGUUUUUAGAAGCUGAAAUGGUAACUCAUGUGUUUCAUGUUAGUGUCUAGAUGUAUUUUAGUAUAUUUUAGUGUUUCUAGUAGAGGCUUGCUGCUCAGUGAAAUGGUGGAGUCUGUCUUUGGCCUUUCAGUCUUUUAGCUUGGGUGGUGUUUUAUAGGGGGAUAUCAGGCUGUCAUCACCUCUGGUGCUUUAGGGGCAAGAUGACACACACGCUCAGUGUCACCACUUUAGAGCCUGCUUUUAUCACCACUUAUUGAUCCUAUUGAUCGUCUAGAACCCUGUCACCCCCUGACUGUGAGGUCAACAGUUCAAUUCCUGCAGGGAUCACAUAGCUACACAAAUUGAAAAAAAAAUAUGCCGUCACUGUGCUGUAAGUGUCUUUGGAUGAAAGCGUCCGCUAAGUUGAAUGUUGUUAUUAGAUGGUUAUGCUAGGUAACCAUGGUCCCCAUGCACCACCAUUAUCCUCAGCGUCAUAUUGCUGACUACAAUACAAUCUCUAUCUCCCUUCAUUUGAUUUGAUUUGAUUUAUUUGGAUCCCCAUUAACCGACGCCAAUGUAUGGUGGGGUAAUUGGCAUGUCUGGUGGGGUAAUUGUGAUCACUGCAUCCAAUGGGUACGGAUACAGCUUUAGAACAAAGUUCUACAGUAUUAGUUAAAAUGUGAUCAAUACAUGAUCUUGUUCCUGUAGUGUUUGUAAACACCCUGGUAGGUUGAUUAAUAACCUGAACCAGAUUACAGCCACUGGUUACAGUGAGAAGCUUCCUCUUGAGUGGACAGCUUGAUGUAAACCAGUCAAUAUUCAGGUCCCCAUGAAAGUAGACCUCUCUGUUUACAUCACACACACUAUCAAGUAUUUCACACAUAUUAUUUAGAUACUGACUGUUCGCACUUGGUGGCCUGUAGCAACACCCCAAAAGAAAAGGCUUUAGAUGUGCCCAUUAUUUGGACACAACACUUGAAGCUAUUUUCUUGUUGUUGUAACAACUGCUUAUAGAACUAUUUUUGUUCAUUUAAAAGAUCCUUCACCUGUGAUAGAGAGACACCACUGUCCUCGACGGUGCUCCCGCCGGCUUUGGUCUUUGUCAUGGUAGCAACGUAGGUUACGCUGUUACUCCUCUCAGUUCCAGACAGGGCAGGUCACAGGGAAGAUUGAAAACAACAUCAACAAACAGCAGGGAUCUAGACAGCCACAAACCCGGGACAAUCCGCGGUCCCAGCCACAAUGGCUAACUGUGUCGCGGGCUGCAUUCAAGCCCUCAAAAAACCCCACUAGCUUGAUUACGCCAAACAGCUCCUCAGACCCGGCCUCGGUCAGCAGGAUCACUGGACAGAGAGUAGUGGUCCCAGUAACUGAUGCCAACCGAGAUCCACACUCAAAAGGUAGCUAGCUAUUAACUUUUUCAAUAGACUUUCAAAACUACAAACUUUCCAAAACAACACACCGAGCUCUCCCUCAUUUCGAUGUUCAACAGGAAGUGAUGACAGGAUGUGACGAGUAAUGCAUGUCAAUCUGCCCUCUGCCACAGAUAGAGAUGACGUCAUGGUGAUUGCUCCCUGAAUGCAGGCUGUAACCUCUGGUUUAGAUCAGAUCCCUGGUUUAGAUCAGAUCCCUGCUUUAGAUCAGAUCCCUGCUUUAGAUCAGAUCCCUGGUUUAGAUCAGAUCCCUGCUUUAGAUCAGAUCCCUUGUUUAGAUCAUAUCCCUGGUUUAGAUCAGAUCCCUGGUUUAGAUCAGAUCCCUGCUUUAGAUCAGAUCCCUGCUUUAGAUCAGAUCCCUGGUUUAGAUCAGAUCCCUGCUUUAGAUCAGAUCCCUGCUUUAGAUCAGAUCCCUUGUUUAGAUCAGAUCCCUGCUUUAGAUCAUAUCCCUGGUUUAGAUCAGAUCCCUUGUUUAGAUCACAUCCCUGCUGAGAGUUUCUUUGGUUGUCUUUUGAAUCCCUCUUCAGUUUCAGUUUCUAGUUUUAACAUAACGUAAACAAGUACAGUUCCAAACCCAAAGAUGCAGUAAUCAAUAACAAUGUAGUACUUAAAAUAACAAGGUAGAAGAAAAACACACAAGAAAUAAAAAAUAAGAAAUAAGAAGAAGCUAAAUACAGUAUUAUAGUCAGUUCCAGUACCGUAGAUAUGUAGAGGAUGUAUAUCUAUAUACAGGGUCAGGUGACUAGACAUCAGGAUAUAUGAUAAUCAGAGUAGCAGCAGGUAUAUACAGGGUCAGUAGAUAUGUAUAGGGGUCAGGUGACUAGACAUCAGGAUAUAUGAUAAUCAGAGUAGCAGGUAUAUACAGGGUCAGUAGAUAUGUAUAGGGGUCAGGUGACUAGACAUCAGGAUAUAUGAUAAACAGAGUAGCAGCAGGGUAUAUGAUGAUUGCAUGUGAGUGAGUGUGUGUAGAGUCAAUAUCAAUAUGUCUGCAUGUUAUGUGUGUGUUCGAGUGUCAGUGUGCAUAAGUGUGUCGAGGGUCAACUCAGAUCGUCCGUGUAGCAAUUUAGCAGUCUUAUGGUUUGGCGACAGAAACUGUUCAGAAGCCUGUUGGUGUCAGACUUGAUGCACCGGUAAUGCUUGCCGUUCGGAAGCAGAGAGAACAGUCUAUGGCUUGGCUUGAUCUCUGUCCGACACCUGACCUCUCUGGCUUUGACUGGGAUCAUGGUCUGGUUGAUUAAGACACUGCUGUGGGCGACUCCCCCCUCCUCUCCUCUGCAUGACAUCCUUUAUUAUUUAGAAGGGAGAGCGAAAACAUGACCUGAGAGAGACAUCUGAAUGUACAUAAUCAUAUAGACAGCGCACUAUGAUACCAUCCUCAUUGUUUCCCAGAUAUCUAGAUAGCAGAGCGCACUACGAUACAAUCCUCAUUGUUUCCCAGAUAUCUAGAUAGCAGAGCACACUACGAUACCAUCCUCAUUGUUUCCCAGAUAUCUAGAUAGCAGAGCGCACUACGAUACAAUCCUCAUUGUUUCCCAGAUAUCUAGAUAGCAGAGCACACUACGAUACAAUCCUCAUAGUUCUCCCAGAUAUCUAGAUAGCAGAGCGCACUACGAUACAAUCCUCAUUGUUUCCCAGAUAUCUAGAUAGCAGAGCGCACUACGAUACCAUCCUCAUUGUUUCCCAGAUAUCUAGAUAGCAGAGUGCACUACGAUACAAUCCUCAUUGUUUCCCAGAUAUCUAGAUAGCACAGCACACUAUGAUACCAUCCUCAUUGUUUCCCAGAUAUCUAGAUAGCAGAGCACACUACGAUACCGUCCUCAUUGUUUCCCAGAUAUCUAGAUAGCAGAGCGCACUACGAUACAAUCCUCAUUGUUUCCCAGAUAUCUAGAUAGCACAGCACACUAUGAUACCAUCCUCAUUGUUUCCCAGAUAUCUAGAUAGCAGAGCACACUACGAUACCGUCCUCAUUGUUUCCCAGAUAUCUAGAAAGCAGAGUGCACUACGAUACAAUCCUCAUUGUUUCCCAGAUAUCUAGACGUGUGUGUGUGUGUGUGUGUGUGUGUGUGUGUGGUGUGUGUGUGUGUGUGUGUGUGUGUGUGUGUGUGUGUGUGUGUGUGUGUGUGUGUGUGCGUGCGUGUGUGUGUGUCUGUGUGUCUGUGUGUGUGUGUGUGUCUGUGUGUGUGCGUGCGUGCGAUCUGAUAGUUGUCUUGUUGUGUUCUGUCUUUCAGAGCACCAGAACUACUUUGGAGUUGAUGAGAACCUGGGUCCAGUAGCAGUCAGCAUCAGGAGAGAGAAGCUGGAUGAAGGGAAGGAGAAGGAAUGGAUGCAGUACAGCUACCGG